UGUCUUACGUUUACGCCAUCAUUGAAUGAAUGCACCUUCUCUCUCUCUCGACUAUAUUUCUUACUGAGAAGACAGGGCAUUAGGCUAGUUUUUGCACAUUUUGUAACGUUAAACCAUGUCGGAUACUGUUCAAAGGCCAGAAGUCAGUCAAGAAGAGGAAUCAACCGAUCGGAAGAAACAGAAAAUUGAAACACAAACGGAUACGAACAGUGGCAAAGGAUCUGCACAUCAAAAUGUUUUAGCAAAUUUUCUAAUUAAGUCAGUGCUGCGUGAUUCAACGCGGGAGAAAACAAUAUUCAUUCAUGGAGAGGUGGAAGACCAGGAGGCAAUUGUAAUCAUGGAGAAGACUCCCAUAGGCCAUGACUCCCUCGCUGAGAUGCUGAAAGACUCCACCCUGGAGCUGAAGAUGAAAAAUGACAUCUACAGCACUUACCAGCUCAUUCCUCCAGCCCAUCUAAGUGAUAUGAAAACAACAGUGAUUUGCCCAGCAACCCAAAAGCAUGUGAAGAAGUACCAGGUCCAGGAGACAUUCCUGGUGGAGGAGACGGAGGAGGACUAUCGUUCUAUCACCCUCCCCUACAUUCAGAGCCAAAGCUUCAGUGUGCAGUGGGUUUACAAUAUCUUGGAGAAAAAAGCAGAGGCUGAACGGAUAAUUUGUGAAGAUCCAGAUCCCAAAACUGGUUUUGUUUUGCUCCCAGAUUUUAAAUGGGACAUGAAGCAGCUUGACGACCUGUACUUGAUUGCCAUUGUUCGUUCAAGGGACAUAAAGAGCCUGAGGGACCUCAGAUCAGAGCACGUCCCUUUGCUUGAAAACAUCUUGAGGAAAGGGCAGGAGGCCAUUCUUAAAAAGUUCAGUGUCCCUGCUUGCAAGCUCCGUAUUUACCUGCACUACCAGCCGUCCUACUACCACCUGCACGUGCACUUCACCUCUCUGAGUCACGAUGCGCCAGGCUGCGGGGUGGAGAGAGCCCACCUGCUCUCAGACGUCAUCUUGAACCUGAAGGGAAGCCCCAUGUACUACCAGAAGCGCCCACUGUUCUUUCCCCUACAGGCAGAUGACAACCUCGCCGUCAAGUUCAGAGAGGCUGGAAAGCUCCCAAACUGCUGACUGAACAGUUUACUGUCUUUUUAAAUGAUUGUGAUUUUUUUUAAAGUGGUUUUGUAUAAAUGUGUGUUUUUCUCUUUUUUUAUAAUAAAAAAAAUGACAGCUGUUUUAAUUCAA